AUGCAUCACAUUCCUGACUGCAACUUUCAUGAAUGGGUUCUGAUUUUCUGCUCAGCCCCAGCUACAUCUGUGGAUGCAGAGUGGGCAUUCUCCACUGGUCGCCAUCAGGUCAAUUUCACCCAGCACAAUAUCAACUCUCAAACAUUCAGCGCAUAA